GUGUGAAUAUUUGUUUUGAGCAGAAUCACUUUUUUUUUAUUCAUUCCGUUUGGAAAAACAACAAAACCACAAAGAAAGAAACGUUGGUUUUAUUUAUUUGUUUAUUUCUUUUUAUUUGUUUCGGUUUCAUCAUAUAAUGGUACCGUUACUAUAACUGAGCACAUAUAUAAAACCAGAAACAAUGUGCACAAGUAAGUUAGUUGUGAAUCAACCGAAUAUCGCAUCUUAUGUGUAAAACAAAAUCAAUUCAUUUUUGUACGCCAAAAAAAAUAUCCGUCGUAUGUGUGUGUGUUGUGUACGCGCAAAUUAAUGAGUGCAUCAUUGCUUAGUCUGUCCACACAUCAAUGCAUCAAUUUAAUUUUCAUUAAAUAACCGAUCGAAAACCAUUUCAAGGAGAUUUUCGAUUGAUUUGAUCGAGUUUGCAAGACGAAAGUCUCACGCUUAAGUGUAUGCAUAUAUUAAUCAUUCAUCCAUUGUGACGUAUUGUUGUAUUCGAAUUGAAACAAACAAACAAGCCGAAAAAAGAACGAAUAAUUCACUUCGUUUUUGUAUUUAUGUAUAAAUUAAUUGAAUGGAUUAGUGUGCUGACGAUGUCAACUGAAGUGUGUAAUGCGGAUAACAAUAGUAUGGCCAAUUACCAUGCAAACAUGAACAAUAUUCAUGCGAAUGUCAAUACGAAGCGGCACACAAAGUACUUUCAACGUUGUCUGGAUGUAUUGCCACCACGUCUGGCAUCGCAUGAUUCAACAAGAGUCACGUUGGCAUUUUUUGCGGUUUGCGGCUUAGAUGUGUUGAAUUCAUUGGAUGUGUUAUCAGAAAAUCGACGACGUGAGAUAUGUGAUUGGAUUUAUCGUUUUCAAAUUGUUUCGAAUGAUUCGCCAAAUUGUAGCGGUUUCCAAGGCUCAUCCUCAUUGAAUAUUAAACGCAGCAACGGAUGCGGAAGUGAAGUAUCAUACAAAUGGGGCCAUUUAGCAAUGACUUAUACAGGCAUAUCGAUGCUUGUCACUCUUGGUGACGAUUUGAGUCGACUCAAUCGAAAGGCAAUCAUCGAAGGAGUUGCGGCCGUUCAACGAGACGAUGGCAGUUUCAGCGCUUCAGUUGAGGGCAACGAACAUGAUAUGCGAUUUGUUUAUUGUGCUGCCGCCAUUUGCUAUAUGCUUGAUGAUUGGGGCACCGUAAACAAACAAUUAAUGGCAAAUUACAUUAAGAGUAGCAUUAGAUAUGAUUGCGGUGUUAGCCAACAUUACGAAAUGGAAAGCCAUGGUGGAACCACAUUUUGUGCCAUUGCUGCACUUCAUUUAAGCGGCCAAAUGGAUGUGUUGUCCGAAUCAACGAGAGAUAAACUCAUACGAUGGCUUGUUUUUAGACAGGAAACUGGCUUUAAUGGCAGACCGAACAAACCAAGCGACGCUUGUUAUUCCUUUUGGAUUGGUGCGACAUUGAAAAUACUGGGCGCAUUUCAAUUUACCAACUACAGCGGUAAUCGAGAAUAUUUGCUGGAAACACAAGACGUAAUAACUGGAGGAUUUUCCAAAUGGCCAGGUUCAUCGCCCGACCCAUUUCACACGUACUUCAGUUUGUGUGGUUUAAGCUUUAUCAACGAAGAAGGUCUACUACCCGUCAUGCCGAGCCUAAACAUAUCGCAGCGCGCUUACGAACAUCUCUGUGAAAUUCAACGCACAUGGAAACAACAGCAACAAACAAAUGAUGCAAUCGACACUCGAUUAGACAUCGAAUAAGAUAAAGCACAUAAAGCAUCUGUUGAACAGACAUUUCCAUUAUUUUCAAUUUUAAUUGUAUACAAUUUAUUUUAUUAUUGCAACACAUCUUCUUAUAAACAUUUAUGACUAUUUAUUUUCUGGUCAAAUAAAAAAAUGAAUGAAUUAUUA